ACCAUCACGGACAUCAGCGCCCCCGUCUUCAGGUGGUAUUGUUGCCGGUUUAGCAGCAUCUUUUAAGGGUUGAGACAUUUCAUUUUUGCAAGUCUUCCGUACUUGAGAUGGCUACUAAAAAAUGAAAUGUUUCAACCUUUAAAUCUUCGACCCCUGCAGCUUUUAAAGCAAAUAGCCGCGUUUCAGCACCAGCUAGUGGAGCAGCUGCUAGUGUUGGGGGAAUUGCAGCUAGCAGCGGACCAACAGCAGUUGCAUCCUCUUCUACACCGAAUCCGUACGGCACAGCUGCAGCUGGAGGUGGUGCGAAUAAGAAUAAUCUUUAAGGAUGGAUGAAGAGUAGGAUACAUGUAUAUCAUUAAGGAUGGAUGAAGUCGAAGAGUAGGAUCGAUGUAGUUUAUUAUAUCAUUAAGGAUGGAUGAAGUCGAAGAGUAGGAUAGAUGUAGUUUAUUAUAUCAUUAAGGAUAGAUAUAGUAGGAUAGACGUGCUCCACUGGUAUCAUUAAGGAUAGAUAUAGUAGGAUAAUCUUUACGGAUAGAUGCACUAAAUAAAACAACCGGUUAGUUAUUACCUCUACAAGCUUAGGCUUAUCCCAUGCAGAAAUUUAUAUCAUUCCAAGCACUGCUCUCUCUGCUACAAAGCUUAUUUUGGCGUUGAUGAAAUGAAACUGUCAUCUAGUGCUGCUCGUGUCCCGUCUAGAUCUGUCAUCUGUAGCCUCUAUUAAAUGUAGACAUUUCCGAAGCUGACCGCUGGUCCUCUCUUGUGCCAUUGAUAACACGACCAAGACUAGCUAGAUGAACUGCAGUAUAGCCAAAAAAUCUCCAAUACGUCGUGUCAAAACACCGAUGCCUCUAAAAUUGCAAAGACGGCGUAGCUGCACAGGGAGCCGCCGGACCUACCAGCAAGUCGGAAACUGAGAAAAACUUAGAGGAGGACAAGAUGGGAAACUGUGCUGGAUCCAAGGAGGCGAAGAAGGAGCCCAUAAUAAAGCCGACCAAAGGGCCAGAGAAAAAGGAAGAAAAGCCAGCAGAGAAGAAACAGUUCAGCUGGGAGAAGAAACAGUCAAUAAACAAAAAGGAUUACAUGCUCAUGGAUCGAAAGAAUGAGGUAUUUUUUCAAGCUCAUCAAUGACUACAACCAUCUGCUCAAUUUGCUAUAUAACUGGACGACUAUAACUAAACAAAACAGUGAUUGUGAUUCUUUAUUUACGUACUCAAUAGACCUAUUAUCCCUAUGCUCUAAUCAGUGAAUGAUUCUUUAUUUACGUACUCAAUAGACCUAUCAUCCCUAUGCUCUAAUCAGUGAUUGUGAUUCUUUAUUUACGUACUCAAUAGGCCUAUUAUCCCUAUGCUCUAAUCAGUGAUUGUGAUUCUUUAUUUACGUACUCAAUAGACCUAUUAUCCCUAUGCUCUAAUCAGUGAUUGUGAUUCUUUAUUUACUCAAUAGACCUAUCCCUAUGCUCUAUCCCACGCACACGCCCAGGUAAUCGUCAAAGAAGGCUUGCAAUUACAGCAAUUCGUGGUUGACGGAUGCGAAAACUGUGAUAUUUUUGUGCUGGAUCCUAUGGCGACUGUGUCUAUUGACUAUAGCAAGAAUUGCCGGAUAUUCAUGGGACCGGUAUUUUACUACAUUCGCUUUUGAUUGUACAGAUUAUAAGAAAGUAGAAGUACUUUUUAACCUUUGUGUAGAUUUCAGGCGUUUGUGCUACUUCUACUACAACACGUAUCUAUAGUACUAGGAUCAUCAUGGGAAGAAUUUGAGUACUUAGAAAUUAUUGGCUCUUCACCUUAAGGACAGAACUCAGAUCCUCCUCAUAAUCAAGAUCUUUAGGGUAAGGAACGAUAGCAAGCUUAUCCUUCUGCAAUAUUGAUGGUUCAUUGCCUAUUUCUUUUCUUUAUGAGGGCUGGAGAGGUUUGUCAUAAAAGGUGUAUAUUUUAUCCCUCACCAGAUAGAAUCCUCCAUAUUCGUCCGAAACUGCGAGAACUGCAGCUUUGUGAUGUGCGUCCAGCAAUUUCGGUCUCGAGAGUGCAAGGAUUGCAAAAUGGCGUUGUUUUCUCAGACAGACCCGAUUAUCGAGUACUCGAAUAUUAUGAUGAUACUAACUAUCGAGAAUUUGAUGACAUUAGAUGACAAAUACAACAAGGAGAAAAAAUGAAAAACUCUACUAAAUAGGCUUCGUUUUCUCACCCAAAUACUCUCAUCCUCCACCCAAAUCCACCUCUUGUCAGGCAUAUCAAUCAAUCAAUCACCCCACUUUUUUCUCACUCACCCAAGAAAUACUCUCAUCCUCCACCCAAAUCCACCUCUUGUCAGGCAUAUCAAUCAAUCAAUCACCCCACUUUUUUCUCACUCACCCAAGAAAUACUCUCAUCCUCCACCCCACUUUCAUACCCUACAUGGAAUUCUCUUGCUUUCCUUUGUGCUACUUCGCGUUGAAGCAGCAACUGGAUAUUUGCAAGAUCAACGCCUACGCCAACAAGUGGUACAAGAUCUUCGACUUCAACAAGAGGGAAGACGGCGUGCUCAACUACAGCCUGGCAAAAGCAUACAACACGAAGGAGACCUUGAAGGAGCUGAUCGACUUUGAGAAAUGUACUAGGUGUUUGCGUACUUACACAACUUAGUUUGGUCUACGUGUACUGAAAGAAUCCGGCCGCUGUAGACAAUUUGUUGUACUGAAAGAAUCCUCCUGUCGCACAAAAUGUAGCAAUAGACCUACAGAUGCUAGAGCACGAGACAUUUUUGCAUUGUGUCCUCAAUUCAAUGCAGGCACCAGUACCGAGUUGCGGGAUGAGGUCUUCCAGCACAUGGAGAGCGGAGGCUUAUUUCCGGUGAUUCCGAUUACAGUGGGGCCAUUGGUAAGAGUGAAAUCAACAUCUAUUCACUUUCGUGAAACAAAUACAGUCAUUUCAAGCACUGUUCGUUAAACAAAAACAGUCUUCACUCAUUUCAGGCAGUGUUCUCUCCGCUUCAAAGCCGAUUCACUUUCGUUAAAGAGUUCUAUUGAAGACCUCAUGAAUUUGUUUUGUUCAUCUAUAGAAACUACUUAAAACGCUAGACAAAAAGACCGCGCUGGUUUUCCACAUCAAGAGUAGAGCAAGAAAACUCUUCCUAAUUUUCCCUGGGAAACACAACAAAACAGCGUCCUUCUUGCGACCCCGCUGCUGAGAAUCGCGUUUUCGUGCUCUUCCUCGAAGAAGAAAAGUUGAAUCUUUUUCUGCAGAAGUUUCACGAAGCCAACGCUGGAGGUUACGAGGUUUUGCAGAGUCGUGUUUUAGGCCUUGACAAAGCCAGAGCAGAGCAGUUACAGGUUUUUGACAUCAAGAAACUCGAUCUUUCGAGAGGAGAAUUGCCCUGUAUCGGCUUGGAUCUGUGCGGGAAGGGACUGAAUGCGAAGGUACUGAAUGCGUUGCAGUUACGAGUUGUGCUGUUACUAGAGCUUCUCGUAAGAUUUUGAUUCACCGCUAGAGCUUCUUGUAAGAUUUUUACUAGAGCUUCUUGUAGCAGCUUCUUGUUUCACCACUUGCCUUCCAAACUUUGCUUCCACAGGCCUCUGACUUCGCUGCGGAACUCGAAGGUUCUUACGUAAUCCCAACCGACAAAAUAAUAGCUCUUUCCGAGCUUUUCUUCGUCACGUUACAAGACGAUGAGGGCAUGGCGCAUAGUCUGAAGUGAAGGUGCAUGGAGAUGAUGGAGAUGAUCUUGUUGCAGUUCGUUGUAAAGGGCUCGAUGAAGGGAACGAAAUCGCAUGGAGAUGAUCUUGUUGCAGUUACGUCCGAUCAACACAAGUCAAUGCUUGAACCAAAAAAAACUUUAACUUGUCCAAAAACUUUAACUUACGUAUCUUAAUGAGACAGGCAAGAAAGAGAUCCGUGUACUUCUGUUCUGGUUCGGUAGUGUAAAAACGAGAAGUUUUGACGUGACUUGGCUCAUGUACGCCUAGAUUCUUCGUCUGUGCCUUAUGUAACGAUUUACUUACGGAUGGAAGUAGACAUCUUCACCGUCUUGACAUGACUGAAAGGUGUUCCUUAAAUCUCGACGAAGUACGUACUAUCC